CACAACACAUGCAGGCAGAACAGCCGAGAAGGCAGAAAAGGACGCACGCACUUCCAGUCACACUCUGAAAUAACGGAUUAGCUGGAGACAUAGCAAGGCAGACGGUGAUUAUUAGCCUACUACAUCUCCAUUCAAAACAGGCGCUUUACUAGUACACACAAAUCUCUUUUACAGGAACCGGGAGGAAUCUCGUCCUGGAAUAUAAUACAUUUCACCAUCCAGCAGUUUGGAAAAAACAAACAAUGCUUUCUGACGGCGACAACUAACUGACAAUGAUGACAUACAGAGGCAAUGACAGAAAAGAGCGACUGAGCCUCUCUCUUUUAUCUCAUCUUUCUCUCCUCUCUCUUCUCUCCUUCCAUGAGAAUCUGAGCCCGAUAAACCUUAACGAUUCUCACUCACCACGCGACCAGCGUCCGUCAGUAGGGUCACCUUCGGAAUUAACGCGGGCUUCUUGUGGGCGUGCGUGGCGUGCGUUAGAGUGAGUGAGUGACCAAUAGCCUUUUGGAGAGAGAAAAAAGAGAGAGUCUGGAUAUAAGCACGAUCCAACCCUCCAGACAGCAACAGAAGCAGCAGCGGGAGCCGGUCCUCCAGAGUAGCCGUCUGGACUCACCCCCAGUCCCGCAGCCCCAUGCAGGAUGCGCGGGGGGGAGCGCUGGUCCUGGGGUGUCCUCCUGGUCCUGCUCAGCCAGAGUUCAUGACACCCUGGGCGGCUUCAUCAUGCGUCUCCUGCCUGCUCCAAGCUCCCAAUCCCUCCGGCUACUCUUUCUCUUUAUCUUUGUGAUGGGGGUUGCCCCUUACCCGGCUCUCACUGCAGGAUGCCCAGACAGGUGUGUGUGUGACGACCAGCUGGUGGUCCAGUGCGCUGGGCAAGAGCUCACCCUCUUCCCCAACGACCUCCCUCUAGCCACCCGCCAACUCAUCAUUUCCAACAACAACAUCGGAGAACUUCCAGCAUUGCAACUCAACUACCUGUCUGAUCUGGUCUACCUGGACGUCAGCAACAACACCCUGAUCGAGAUCUCCGAGUCCACCUUCGGGAAUCUCCGAAAGCUGGCCUAUCUUGACCUGUCCUUCAAUACACUAACCCAGAUUGAGGACCGGACUUUUGGACCAUUGUCAAGCCUGGUGAUGCUACGGCUAACAGACAAUCUGGGGCUAAAUGAGAUCCACCCAGACGCGUUCUCAGAGAACAUGGCUCUGCAGGUGCUGGAUGUGAGCAGGAACAACCUGACGACGCUGAACAUCAGCUCUCUGAUCGCCCUGCCCUCCCUGCGCUCCCUGGGGCUCAGCGGGAACCCCUGGAGAUGUGACUGUGAGACGGAGGACCUCUGCCUCUGGGUCCAGAUCGAAGGAUUCAAGUUCCAAGAUGAGGGUCAGACAGUGUGCCAGGGGCCUCCGGAAGUGUCUGGGCAGCGGCUGGCUGAGGUGGGCAUGCAGCUGAGGGCAGACUGCCACCAGGGCCUGGGUUACUGGGACUAUCUGUUCUUUAUCGCUAUUGGCUUUGUCAUCUUCAGCGCCGGCACCGUGUCGGCAUGGGUGAUGGGUGUCCUCAUGGUGCUGUACGAGAGAUACAACAAGAGGAAGGGGGAAGACAUGGACAGUGAUGACGAGGAGGAGAGACAUAUGGGCGGAGGGAUGAUGGGGGGAGGGCAUCAGGGGAACGGGGAUUUGAAUAAGGCUGGCAUGCAGGUGUGAGGCCGUGAUGUGAGCAGCUGGAAGAGAAUAAAAUUUAAAAAAAGGCAGAAGAGAAAGCAGAGAGGAUACAUUACAAGGAGCAAUGGAGUGAUGGAAGGACACUGAAGAAAAGAAGGAGGAAAGAAGAGGGAUGGAGAGAUGAGAAUAAAGGACACUGGGACCUUGGACUCUGUAGAGAGACAGUCCUGUUCUGACUGGGUGUCUCUAAGUGGAAGAGAACAGGACAGACAUUAUACCCUGUGUGUGUGUGUGUGUGUGUGUGUGUGUGUGUGUGUGUGUGUGUGUGUGUGUGUGUGUGUGUGUGUGUGUGUGUGUGUGUGUGUGUGUGUGUGUGUGUGUGUGUGUGUGUGUGUGUGUGUGUGCGUGUGUGUGCGAGCGCGAGAGAGCAACAAGGGGGAAUAAGCCUUCCACUUCAGGACUACAGAGUGACUUCUGAACUAUUAAGAGCAAUAAGCCCCCCACUGUUACACACACACACACUCACACUCACACUCACACACACACUGCUAGUUUGGUUUCUCUGGUGAUGCAAUAAUAAGAGUGAGUUACCCUCCAUUCAAUGUUAUGCGCUUGUUUGAGAAAUGCACUAUGAAUUCAAAUAAUUAUUAUGGGGACACACAGAUAAACACAUAGUAUUUAGGUCUACAGUAGGUUAGGUUCAUAAUGAAGUCCAGCCAGGGGUGAAAGUAGAAAGUAGAAUUUAAUGAGCCUUCUAUUUUGUUUAAUGUUUUGGGCCUAAUCAUAGAAUUACAGAUAGAACCCCUAUUAAUUCAAUAGGACCUAUGUGGGCCUAGUCGUAAAGAUUUGUCAUUUAGCUUUUAAAAUGUAUCACCUUUUAUUGUGGCAUAAACAUAACCAGUCAUGAUGUUUUCAUCUGAUUGUCAAACAGUCACUUCAAAGGGCUCCUUCACUAGGCUACACGCGCACGUUCAUCCACUCGCAGCAUAUUUCCAUCCUCCAAACAGUGGUGAAUGGAAAGAGAUAUCCGUUACACAAAACAACACAAAGUGUAAUGACAUUUGGCGACUGUCAUUAGGCCAGAAUGAAUGCCUCCACUUUCAGCGUUCUCGUCGAUCCACAUCGCAUUUUGGAGCGUAGGCUAUACCACCCGUUUUCAAGUCCAUUCGCUCAUUUUUUUUAUGCCUCUGAUAUACGGUAUUGAUAAAUAAUGGUGUAGUAGCCUACAGUUUUCAUGACAUUUUGUUUUAAUUAUUGUGAUAGGCUUAUGCUUUACCGAUACGGCGUACCUCCGCUAUUUAUUUUGCCGGGAUGCCGUACCGGACCGCACCACCUUACUUUCACCCCUGAGUCCAGCCUAGUUAUAGCUACUGUAACUGGGGCAGAACCAUCACACUGCAUCUCUCUCACCAGGGGGAACAAGUGAUUCAUAGGUCUAGACUAACCCUGACCCUCCUCUCUCUGCCUUCUGUCCACCUCAAACUUGUUAGUACAGAGCGCACACACGAGAGUAGUUUGUGUGUUCGUUAGCCAGAUUACUUCUAGCUGACUAAACUCAACUCCAUGGUGAAGGAAGUUUCUGAUCAACUCCACCAACGGAGUUGAGCAGAGACCAGGCUUUGUUGAAUUCAGGAAUUCAGUUUGUACCUGCAGUAUGUUUGUCCUCUGUAGUUGCAUGCCUUCAGUGUUUGCUCAAUAAACGUUAAUUAAAUACAAUCACCGCCUCUUUGCUCUUUGCUGUUGCUCUAAGAUGGCAGCUGAGCACAUGACAACUGAAUCUCAACAAGGAAACAGUCGGUGGUUGUAUUUGAUUAACGAUUUAUUAAAAAGUAUGGAUUUCAGUAAACAAAGAAAGGCACGCAUCCACAGAGGACAAACAUAGGUACAAGGUAAGCGUUCCAUAAUUGUUCUUUUUUUGAAGUAUUGACCUUGGGCGAAUCGAUGUAGUCAGAGCUGAAUUCCACAAAGCCUGGUCUCAUCAGAAACUUCCUCCACCAUGGAGUUGAGUUUUGUCAGAUGGGUUAUUUCCAGUGUAGUUGAUGAGAGCAGCAGUGUGUGGGGUGGGUCUAUAUGUGGGCGGGGAGCAUUAGGAGGAUAUCAGCAUUAUUUUUUAUAGUGGGGGGGGGGUUUCAUUUGUAAUCACACUCCAUGUCCCUGCAUACUGAGGUGCAUC